AUGGUACAUAUGCAUUCUCACACUUCAGGAGGUGCUGCCACUGCAGCAGCAGCUCUAAAAACCACUGGUCACUGUGAAGGUUGCCAGGCAUCUACCGCGCCACCUUCCAAAAGGUCGUGGAGUAAGGCCAGCUCUGCCAGUUCUGCCUCUGCGAUUUCUGCUUCUGCGAUUCGCGACGACCGAUUCGCACGGUGGCGCUUUCUCACAAGGCCUUGUAGCUGUAAGGACAGUGUGAAACUGGAAUCUUUCCAUGAGGCGCGCUUCAACUUCUUCCUAUCCAGUGUUGAAGCAGAUCCUGCAGACUUCGAGGAGUUCGUAGAUCACGAACGCAGCAAGAGAUUCCUAGAAGGAGCGCCGCCCGCGAAAUCCAGGGCCCGCGCCGAGUCCGGCGAUUUGUGUCACGCACGAACGAACACCGUGCAUCCCACCUGGAAGCCCGACAGGGGCUUGAGACCAAUGGCGCUCAUCAUCGAGUGCGAGAGCUUUGUGGUGCGUUUGUGA